AUGACUAAAGAAGAAGCGACAUUUAGGUCUGCAGAUAUGACCUACGUGCAGCUAUAUAUCCCGCUGGACAUUUCUAGAGAAGUUGUUUGUUUACUGGGAAACCUUGGAACGAUCAUGUUCCGGGACUUGAACACCGAGCUCAGCGCGUUCCAGCGUGGCUACGUAAACCAGAUUCGGAAGUUCGACGAACUGGAAAGACUGAUUUUAAACAUGGACUCCGUGGUACAGAAGUUUAGUAAAGAAACAUGGAAGUACACAGUGCACAGUGACGUCGACAAUGCCACACAACACCCGAGCUUGAGCUUUUUGAUAUCAACGAUGCAGACCCACACCGUGGAUACCAUAAGUGACCUUGCUUCAGAGAUCACCGACUUCGAGGCUCGCGUCCGUCAGCUUCAUGACUCGUUGAAUCACUUACACCAACGGCUAGACCUGUUGAUGGAACAUCGACACACGGCUUUUGAGUGUCAUAGGUAUUUGGAAGUGAAUCCUGGUCUCUCAGGGAGGGUCAACAGAGGACAACAAGAAAGAGAACUCAAUGCAGACGAUUUUCAGAUGGACUUUGGUGAGAUAAGUGAUAACCUGAGCGAUGCAUUUUCAUUUGACGACGAGGGAGAAGACGUUCACGGCCCUACCGUCGCUGCAUCGAGGCCAGACCCAGGGGCCAUAGAUCUUGAGGAAGGGUUUCGUCAUCGUACUACCAUAAUAGGGUCUAUCAACAGGGCAAAAGUAGAGACCUUGAACAAAAUUCUUUUCAGAAUUUUGCGAGGAAACCUCUUUUUCCACAACAUACCCAUAUCGGAACAUCUAUUAGAGAAUGGUCUGCCUGUUGAAAAAGAUUGCUUUAUUGUGUUUACUCAUGGCGAGGUGUUGCUAAAGAAGGUCAGGAAAGUGGUUGAAUCCUUAAACGGCAAAAUCUUCCCCACCAACGAAGGAAGAUCAACGAUCCAGAGCCUCAAUUCGCAAAUCACUGAUCUUCAACAAAUAUGUCAAACUACAGAGCAGACUCUGUAUACCGAGCUUUUGAUAGUGGCCGACCAGAUGCCAAUGUGGAAAGCAGUUUCCCGAAGAGAAAAACUCCUUUAUGCCGCUUUGAAUCUUUUUCGAGAGGAAUCUCAGGGCCUGGUAGCAGAAGGCUGGAUACCCACUAGUGAAAUAGUGCCCGUUUCCAAUGCAUUGAAAAAUUACAGUGAGAAUACGGGGUCACAAAACAGUGCAGUUGUGAGCGUCAUUAAAACCAACAAAAAACCACCAACUUUCCACAGAACCAAUAAAUUCACCCAGUCUUUCCAGGCCAUUGUAGAUGCGUAUGGCAUUGCGACUUACAAAGAGGUUAAUCCUGGUUUGGCCACCAUCGUAACAUUUCCUUUCAUGUUUGCGAUUAUGUUUGGUGACGCUGGUCAUGGUGCAAUCUUGUUUAUGAUUGCUCUUUACUUGGUUUUAAACGAGAGAACGCUUGCGACAGCUCAAAACGGCGAAAUAUUUGACAUGGCUUUUUCUGGUCGCUACGUUAUACUCUUGAUGGGAUUUUUUUCCAUUUACACUGGACUUCUUUACAAUGAUAUAUUCUCUCUUUCAAUGACGUUUUUCAAAUCAGGAUGGAAGUGGCCUUCAGACUUCAAGGCUGGUGAUUCGAUCGAAGGAGUCAAAUCGGGGGUGUAUCCCUUUGGGCUCGACUCCGCGUGGCACGGCACUGAAAAUAAUUUGAUUUUCACCAACUCCUACAAGAUGAAACUGUCGAUUUUGAUGGGAUUCACGCAUAUGACCUAUUCCUUGAUGUUUUCUCUGGUUAAUUACAGAUUUUUUAACUCCCGAGUCGACAUAAUUGGAAAUUUCCUUCCGGGGCUCGUGUUCAUGCAAUCAAUAUUCGGCUAUUUGUCCUGGGCCAUCAUCUACAAAUGGUCAAAGGACUGGAUAAAGGAUGAAAAGGUUGCCCCUGGUCUGCUGAAUAUGCUCAUUAAUAUGUUUCUCGCUCCGGGGGUGGUUGAGGAACCGUUAUUUCGUGGUCAGGCAUUUCUGCAAGUCUUUUUUCUACUCGCGGCCCUAGUAUGCGUACCUUGGCUCUUACUUUACAAGCCUUUAAAGUUAAGAGCCCAAAAUAAAAAUGCAAAAUUCCACGGCUAUGAGAGUGUUCAUGCUCAAACAGUGACGGAAAGCAUUUUAGAGUCUCAAGCGAACGCUGGCGAAGAAUUAGUAGUUACUGACUAUCAUGAUGAUCCUUCGGCAUCGUUCGAUUUUGGAGACGUGAUGAUACACCAAGUAAUCCAUACCAUUGAAUUCUGCUUGAACUGUAUAUCCCAUACGGCGUCAUAUCUGAGACUUUGGGCCUUAUCUCUUGCACACGCUCAAUUAUCCAGCGUUCUUUGGUCUAUGACCAUAGCUAAUGCAUUCAGUUCUGAAAGUCCUGGCUCACCGCUCGCCGUGACGAAGGUAGUUAUAUUAUUUGGAAUGUGGUUUGUGCUGACUGUUUGUAUCCUCGUACUCAUGGAAGGAACAUCUGCCAUGUUGCACUCCUUACGUCUACAUUGGGUAGAAGCUAUGUCGAAAUUUUUCGAAGGUGAAGGAUAUCCUUAUGAGCCUUUUACGUUCCAAAAUGUCGAUCAGCUAGAGCUUUCAGAGAGACUUGGAUAG